AUUUCGUUUAGUAUAAGAACCGAAUAACCUUUUCCCCUCUCCGGCACCCCGCACUGUGCUCGUUUCCUAUUGGUCGAUAACGUUCUGCGUCUAUACGGCACACCGUACGAGAGAGCGCGAUGUGCUUAAAAUAAAAAUCGCUCGAAUGUUUCAUCGCAUAUUCUCUUGCGCUUCCGUGCGGUGCGCACGUGUAUAUAUAUACAUAUAUACUGUUGUUUAUUAUCAGAACUGUGAAUUUUUAUAAUCAUCGUCAUCAUCAUGCCGCCCAAGACUAGCGGAAAGGCCGCCAAGAAAUCGGGCAAAGCUCAGAAGAAUAUCUCCAAAUCGGAUAAGAAGAAGAAGAAGCAUAAGAGGAAGGAGAGCUACGCCAUCUACAUUUACAAAGUACUGAAACAGGUUCAUCCCGACACCGGUAUCUCGAGUAAGGCCAUGUCGAUCAUGAACUCGUUCGUGAACGACAUCUUCGAGCGCAUCGCCGCCGAGGCUUCUCGUCUCGCUCACUACAACAAGCGAUCGACGAUCACAUCGAGGGAGGUACAGACGUCGGUGAGGCUGCUUCUACCCGGCGAGCUCGCCAAGCACGCCGUGAGCGAAGGCACUAAGGCCGUAACGAAGUACACGAGCUCUAAGUAAACGAAGUAGUCGCCACUUUCGACGGUUCGACGGACGACGAAGUUC